UAUAGGGGCCAGUCGGAUGGAAUUUAGUGCAGGACCUAAACAUUGGCAGAUGGCGUGAUAGCAACGCACAUUAAAUUAGGAAAGCUAAAGUAUUUCCUGCCUCAACUCCACUUCAGACCAGAGCAACAUAGCAUCUUAUAAUUAAAAACAAGACAAGUCAAAAGACGAGAACGGGCCCCGACACCGAUGUAAGAAUAUUGUUGUUGUUUAAUAAGGUCUUUAAAAACUUCAAAAAUGGACGCCCUGCAGAGGAGAGUGGUUCAGGAGGACAUGGUCCAGUACACACUCUUCUUGGUCCAGCCAGAAGCUUCAUCUUCAGAGCAGACUGAGGAACGCCUCACACAUUUGGUCGAAGAGAUUUUGGCAAAGGUUGCCCCUCUCCUGAUGAAAUACAUCUGGCAGCAGCAGCCAUUUAACCUCAAGUAUCAUCCCGAGAAAGGAGGUGUUCCUGCACACAUUGGAGGAAGCACUCAGUUUGGAGACAAUGUCGAGGACGAGUGGUUUAUCGUUUACCUCCUGCAGCAGAUCACAAAGGCUUUCCCUGACCUGGCAGCCAGAGUUGAGGAUAACGACGGGGAGUUUCUUCUGAUCGAAGUAGCCGAUUAUCUUCCAAAGUGUCUGAAUCCAGACACCAGUGAAAACAGGGUCUUUCUCUAUAGGGGAGAAUUGCAUAUCCUGCCUUGCCCCUCGAAAUCCAGUUCACUGGGCUUCUCAAACGACGUGGUACCCAGCGUGGCACAAGCUUUAGCACUGCUCUCUACCCACCCAGAGGUCUGUCAGGCAAGCCCCAAGAUGUCUUCAGCCCUGAGGAAGAGACUAGAGGGGUAUCCAGAGAAGACUGAAGCCAGCCUGCACCGUGCCCACUGCUGCGUACCUGCUGGCAUCGCCGCCGUGCUGGCGCAGCGACCCGACCUGGUCGCCCCUGCAGUUACAGCGUUUUACCUUCGCGAUCCAGUAGAUCUGCAGGCGUGUCGAAGGUUCAAGACCUUUCCUCCUGAUACAAGAGUCGUCACUUUGGUGACCUUCACCCGUUGCCUGUAUGCCCAGCUUCAGCAGCAGCACUUCACCCCAGACCGGCGGAGCGGCUUCACGCUGCCUCCUCGCUCUCAUCCCCAGUACAAGGCUCACGAGCUCGGCAUGAAACUGGCCCAUGGCUUUGAGAUCCUUUGCUGCAAGAGCAGACCUCCGUCUUCAGAAUCUGACGCCCCAGUCAGCUGUAACCCUCAGUGGAAAGGCUUCAUAGACAGCCUGAAAAGGAAUGACUACUUCCGGGGAGAAGCGGAAGGUUCGGCCCAUUACAGAGAACUUAUGAGAUCUGCAGAAAACUUCUUCAAACAGUCCGUUGUCUCAGAGUCAAGCGCCGUGUCCCCAGGUGAGGAGGUUCUCCAGCUGCUGCACAGCUGCAGCCCGAUCAACGUGGAGGAAAUGAAGAAACAGGAGUCACAGCUCCCCCCAGAGGACAGUGACAGCUGGCUGGAUAUCACAGCUCAGGAUCUGGAGCGGCUGUUGCAGGAGAGGAGCGGGGGCAGAGGAGCUGAUGUCGGCAGCCAAAACUCGGGUUCCACCAAGCAGACGAAACAUGUCGGGGAUGCAGAGGAGACGGGGAAGGAGACGGAGGGCAGCAGGGAGGAAGAAGAGGAGGAUGGUUACAGCCUGGUAGCGGUCAGUAAGGGGAUGAAGAACUUCCUCAACGCCAUGUCGUCGCAUGAGGGAGCUGAGCUGCCCUGGAGCAGUUCAGCUCAGCCUUUUAGUUUUGACCCGGACUCGAUAGCCAAGGCACUGGACAGACUCCUCGGAAGCAAGGGAGAAGAAGAGCUGGAUUCGGACGACCUGGAGGACGCUGAUGAGGAUGACGAUGAGGAGGUAGAAGAGGAGGAAGACGGCUCCUCUGGUCACACGGAGAUGAAUGGGACGAAAACGCUGAACAGUCUCAAAAAAUACAUGGACCAAAUGGAUCAGGAGCUGAUGAACACUAACAUAGGACAAAGCUUCAAUCAGAAGAACAAGGCAGGCCUGGACGACGGCUCCCCCCAUCCCUCCGAUCCCCCAAGGGAGCGAGGAGAGGAGGAGACGGAGGAGGAGAUCCAGCCUUUGGACGUGGACGUCAACUUGGUCACAAACCUGUUGGAGUCCCUCAGCUGCCAGGCUGGGCUCGCCGGACCGGCCUCUAACCUGCUGCAGAGCCUGGGCAUACACCUGCCCCCCAACUCUGAUCAGUCAUAAGGGACCAGCAUCGUACAGCGAUUCCCUUCAAAAUAAGAGCUGAUAAAAAGGAUUAAGAGGAUCACCUACGACUGACGAGUGCGUUACAGUCGGUACUUCUGUUGCCAAAUGAUGGUGAAGAUGUCCUAUAGGGCUGCAUUUGUGUGUACAAGAAGGGUACAACUUCAGUUUUGAUUGCAUCAUAAAUACAAGUCCAUUUCAUCUCACUCAAUCAAGACUCCACUGACGCCAUGUAAACUAAAAAUGAGAUCACAAGGAAUCAUUUUUCAGGAUUUUUAAAACAUGCUGCUUUGUGUAAUUUUGGGACAGUUGUGUGUACUGGUGUGGUUUAUAACAGCACUUAAAUUAGUUUGUGUUUUGUUUUUUACCUGCAGAAUAAAUAGUUUUUCUAAAUAAA